CUAUCCACGGGGAGCGGGUAUUAGUUCUCCGGAAACGAUGUUCGCGAAUGGUCACGCGGCGAAGGAACGAACACUCAACUUGUAGGAAGCGAAUCGCAACAGAACUUCUGCCAAGGUGUGACGUCAGGGGGCACAAGAAGAUCCCCACCUGAAGUUGAAGAACCUGUGCGGUGGACAAAGAUAGUGUGGGCUGCUGUGGAACUACAACAGUUCGGUUUUCAGUGCUGUAACAGUGGGGACCACCUUCAGCAGCAAAUUCUAGAGUCCCAUAGAUGUGUGUGAUAAGUUCUUUGUGCGUUUGACUCGAAGGGUGUGAAAAAAAUCUAUUUCGUGCAUAAAAGUUCCAGAGAGCAAGGACUCAAAAUGCGUUUUCUCGCGCCAUUAGGAAUAGUUCUUUUAGCAAUAGUUUCUCACUGCCAAGGGCAGGGCUUUGACCCAACGGUUGGGGCAACGCCAGAAAAUCUUGCAGCUGUGUCCCAAAGUGUAACCAACUUGGCCCAGAAGAUCAGUCUGGCCAUUGCCAAUCCAAAGAGUAAAACGGAAAUAUUCUCCCCAGUGAGCAUAGCAGGUGCCCUAUCGUUGCUGUUGCUCGGUUCCGGCGGAAAUACCAGAGAUGAGCUGAUGAACGUGAUGGGUUUCCAACACAGUCGGCUCACAUUUACCGACAUCCACAAAAGCUUUGGUCGGUUGUUCCAGGAUCUGGUCUCGAAUGAUCCCGCCCAAAACGUGACCAUUCCCUGGAGGGCCAAUGACAAGUGCAACAACAACGACUACGACUACGAAGACUACGCCCAAUCGAAGCCCACAGGCCAGCAAAGGGGCAGAAGAGACACCGACUCGCACUUCAUCUCGGUGGCGAAUGGCGUGUUCGUCGAUAACAGCCUUCCUCUGAAUCCUCGAUAUGCGAAACUAACCAAGGAACUGUACGGCGGUGAAAUAGCACCGAUGGCAUUAUACAGUGAUCCAGUACGGUCUUCGAAUUUCAUCAACAGCUGGGUUCAGGAAGCAACGAGGAACAAAAUUCAGCGAAUCGUUUCCCCCGAACAAGUCAGCAAUGCCCCGAUGGUACUGGUCAGUGCGUUGUAUUUCAAAGCUAAGUGGGAAACAAUGUUUAUCGAACAGGACACCCGACUCAGGCAGUUUUACCCCUAUGGACCAAACGCUGCUCCAGUUGACGUGGAAUCCAUGGCCACAAAUGGGUGUUUUCCAUUCUACGAAGAUAAACAGCUCGAUGCCAAGAUAGCCGGGCUGCCCUAUCAAGAAGGCAAAUCAACCAUGUAUAUUAUCUUGCCUAAUGAAUCGAACCCGCAAAAACUCAGAGACCUUCAAACCCGAACGACGCUACAAUACUGGGACGAUAUCAUUGAUCAAAUGGUGGUGAAAACUGGAACAAUCAUAUUGCCCAAAAUGAAGAUCGAAAAUUCAUUAGGGCUAAGGGAUGUGCUUGCCUCUCUGGGGCUACGAGAUGUCUUCAUUCCGGAACGAAGCAAUCUCAAUGCCAUAACUAAAGAUGACCCAAUUUUGAAUGAUAUGAAUCGACGACCUGCAGCCAGCCAACCAGCAAGGCCACAGAAUCCUGUUCGCCAACCAUCAACUACUCCACCGAACACCAAUACAUCACCAGGUUGGACACCACCAAUAAGAAACGAACAAAAGGUUCCAAUGCCCCUAAAUUCUUCGGAGUGUGAAAUGUGCAAUAAUUGCCUCUAUGAAGCAGAUCAGUGCAUUUGUAAUCCAAAUCAACAAAUAGACGAACAAAGCGGGUGCUACAGAAAGCCAAUGACCGUUAAAUAUAGUUGUGUUGCCGAAAAAAUAUUAUAUUCUGUUAGGUUUUCAUCGAUUCUACAUGUGUGUCUAGUGGAAGGGUAUGAUAAAACCCAACAAUGCACUAGAAGCUGCCGAAAGUUUAGAGAUGAGUGCUUCUGCUGCCGAGGCGCUGCCCAAACAGUGUCUAACCAGCGUCCAUCAACUGGAUCUCAGACAACACAGCAGCCAGAGAUCCAAUCGGGAUACCAGCCAGUACAACAGCAAGGUACCUCCAAUCAACCCACCGAGUCUCCCCUGACCUCCGGUGACGAUAUAGGAACUCGUUUCAACAGUUAUGAACCUCCCAACACGACCCCACUCGUCGGCCGUUGUCAAACCAUCAGGGAAUGCAACUCGUGGGGAAGAUGCCGCUAUUCUACGUACUGUGCACUAGUCAACAGUCCUAAACGAAGCAAACGGCAAGCGGUGAACUCUCAGCCAGCCAAACUCUUCGUCGGGGACGUCCUGCACAAGGUGAGCCUGGAUGUUAACGAGCAGGGAACGGAAGGAGGCGCAGUGACGGCAGUGGUCGUGGAUAGGAUUUCAUCAUCGUUCAACCUACGAGUGAAUGGACCAUUCUUGAUCUACCUGCGGAAUGAAGUUACCAAGGUGCCCCUGUUCUACGGAGCGAUAUUCGAUCCAAGGCCUUGAUAUGAAGUGAUAACCACAAAGUUUAAUCGAAAGAGAUUUUUGAAUAAAAGUACAACGAAUAAUCUUUUAAAUAUUAA